CUAAUUUACUUCAUCCGAUACUAACUGACGAAAAGAACUCGGCAUCAUGAGUGAUUCGCAAGGACACAGAGCAGAAGGUCGACCUUAUCGGUCACAUCUGCACCCGGCAUGUUUUUCAUGCAAGAAGCGGAAGUCCCGAUGCAGGACGCAAAAUGCCUCGACAAUCUGCAUCAUGUGUCAGGUUCACGGCACCGAAUGCAUUUUCCCGAGCCCGGACAGUAUUCACCACUGUCAAGGACUGGCUUCGCCGCGGAAAUCCAAUGUCAACCUGAGACGUCGAGCCGCCCGUGGAAGGCACAGCCAACUUAGCGCACGAGAGAAGGCUGGCCCACGGCACAUGCACAUAGCAGGUCUGGAAAAUAAUGACACCCCGCAGAAUGAGCAAGAAUCCGGUGCCUUGCCAAGCAUAGUGGGAAUGGUUGCUGGAGCUGGGGAUGAUAACCCUCACAUUGUCAGCCCGGCCGUAGCGGAGGAUAACCGAUUUCUUGAGAACUAUCUGUCAGCCCUGCCAACUGCACAGGAAACAUGCUUCAGUCGGUCGGGACCCGAAUCUGAUCGCUCCUUCAGACCGGUACGAUUUAACUUGGUCCCAAGGAGACCGUUGGGGGUUUGUGCAAGCCAGACACUGGCUGCAGCCAAAUGUGAAGUGAUUGAGAAGUAUAUGGGGCCCAACAUGGAGGAAUAUCUGGAUCUGUUCUUUCAAAGAGCAAAUGUAUGCUUCCCAAUCUUUGACGAAGCUUCAUUCAGAAGUGCAUAUUCUCUUCAGAGGGACAAACUCUCGCCUGCUUUACUGUGUAAUCUAUAUGCCAACUCCUUGGUCUAUUGGCAAGCAUCCUCCACUUUAUCAACGAACCAUCCUCCCGACAUGCGUUUCAUCUGGAAUCAAGCCAACGAGGCCCUGCAUUCAGAGCUGUUCUUAUCCCCGGGGAUAUCCACGGUAAUGUCGAUCUUGAUCAACGUCUGUGGGCGACCCAGCACUUCAAUGUUUGGCAACGGUGGAAUGGUGGGCACUGCAGUUGCCCUCGCCAAUGCUCUUGGACUGCACCGCGACCCCUCGGGCUGGGGCAUAUCGUCUCUCGAGAGGAGUCUUCGGAUUCGGCUCUGGUGGCUCGUCCUGAUUCAUGAUCGCUGGUGCAGCCUAGCUUAUGGAACACCGUUGCAAGUCCAUCGAGCUCAGUACGAUGUGCCUUUUCCAACGGCAGAUGACCUCUGUGCUGUCGAAACCUCGCCAUAUGGAAGAUCGACAGCUUCUGUUUUCGUUGCGAUGACCACGCUGACGGAUGUGCUCGCCCGAUAUCUAGAACAUAUAUAUGCCGUGUCGAGUAGUUUCCCAGUGGUUGAGCAAUCCGCCCUAGACUUGGAACGCAUGCUGAAUGAGUGGGAGGAGGCAUUGUCUGAAGACAUGCGCAAUCUCGUUCUUCGGGGAAUGCAUCAGGACCUACCGAGUGCUGCUAAUUUUCGUCUGGCUUACCUCGCAGUCAAGCUUCUGCUUCGGCGCAUACAGCUUGAUCUCAGUAGGAGCUCGGCAGGCGCAGACGACAAUAACUCCUCACCCUUCUACAUCCCUGCUCAACGGGCCGCCGAAGACAUUGCGUACUUUGUGCAAGGGCUGACCGAGGAUCAGCUCUGUGGGUUCUGGAUUCCAGUGCACGCGUUCUCCAUCACGUCAGCCACGAUGCUACUGCUUCGAAGUGGCUUGCGUAUAAGACACCAGCCUCACAAUAUGCCGUUGAAAAUUGCAAGAGAUCUCAUUGAUGCGCUACGGGUACACAGGGAGAGGUACGGAUGGGAUCUUGCGGAUCACUGUCUUUCGCACUGCAGUGAGUUGGUUGAGAAAGUGGGGAUGCACAGUGAACAAACCGAUGAUAGUCUCCUGGCGCCAGAUUGUGCCGAUCUACCUUGUAACAUUGAUAUGGACCCGGCUACUCUGGAGGAGCUCUUUGUCGGGAUCACUGGAUUCCCGGUCGAAUUCGAUGUCUAAAGUAUAGGUAUGGGUUUUGAGUAG